AGUCAACGCCGAGCGCUGAGCCCGAGCGGCCGCGUUUUAUACAACAAACAAAACACAACGAAAUACCGCUAAAAGCUGCAGCGCGAAAAGCAAAGCGAAAUAGGAAAAACAUUUUACGGAAAAUAUUAUAAAAUUAGCGCUAUGUAAAACGGAGACGCGAACAAAAUUGGACAACUGUGGGUACAGUGGUGGCCGUUGUCACUGGACCGCUGCAAAUCGAACGAACAAAAGGGCAACACAUUGGCCAUGCCCACAACGCCCACGCCCACGACCGACGGCAGCGCCGUGCUGCGACGUCGACAGCUGCUGCGCAGCGUUGAGAGCUUGCGGCUACGCGUUCGUCAAGUUUUAAAUUGUGUUAUUAAUUUGCACAUUGAAUUUUUGGUGCUCGAGUCGAAUGUGGCCGCACUGCUGGACGAGGUGAGGUCGAUAAACGACGACUACGCGGAGGUGCAUCGCCUGGAUAGCCUGAUCGAGGCGCUGCGCAACUAUAACGGGCCCACCAUCUGCCACGAGUGGCCAUAUCCUCUCAUAUUCAAGGGCACAAUCGACGAGGCGCACGUCGCACAAAUUCUCAACACAACCGAAACUGUGCCGGAAUCACCCUGUGCCAAGGAUGAGCUGCUGCUUCUGCAGUCGGGCAUAAGUGCAAGCAAGAUGACAAGACGUUCAAAGCUCUGGUGGUUCACCAGAACUAGAUCCACGAAAGGAACAUGCGUUAGUUGAUCUACAGGUGUAUGCGUGUGUGUGCGUGUGUGAGUGUGUGUGUUUUUAUAUAUUUAUCUGAUAUUGAAAUUCUAAUUUUAUGCUUUGUCAAGGAAUACCAAAUAUAUUUAUAUUAAAUAUUGAUAGGCAAUAAGUGUCGAGAGCUGCGUGUUGGCGGUUUCUGUUGCCGUUUAAUUGACUGCGGUCAAUCGGCAGCUUUGCCACGCCCCCCUUUCAACCGCAGGCGUCGCUUUCAAGAUUUUUGCGGCGUUGCUUUUGACAUGCGACUGUGGCUAAGAUUGAGACGCAGACUAUUUACAUAGCCCCCCCCCCCCCCCUCCUCCUCUUCCGCCUCAUAGCCGGCAGCCGCAACAGGUUACCGCAUCUAAUUAAACUGACCUCACGCCCAGAUUCUUUGAGCAAGGCGCAGCAGCAGCAGCAGCAAAGGGAGAAAGUGAAUAUAAAGAGACCACAGCUGCUCUACCCUUGCAAGAGGGUAUUAUGAUUUGGUCAUGAAAUAUGUAACGCUUUGUCAUUUGCCAUUUUUUAUUUAUGUACGUUCUUGAUAAAUAGUAGAUUUUAUACAAGUGUUGAAGUAAAUGUAUAAAUCAUAUAUUAUAAAUAUCAUAUAACUCUAAAGGAAUAAUCGGUAAAAAAAAAGUUUUUGCAUAAAAAAUCCUUUUUUGUUGUUCGCCAAAAUUGGUUAAAUAUGUAUAUAUAUAAUAUGCCUAGCUAUACCUAUACCAAGUUUCUGCAUAAGGCAUCGCUCAAAAAUUUAUUACUUGUGAACUUUGGAUUUUUUCUUAAAGAAUUUCCUUUCAAAAUUGGUAAUUGCGAGCUUCACUAUUUUCCCAUCAAAUCUGCAAAGCUGUAACAUAUUAUUUUACUAUAUAAAACGCAAUCUGUCGUAAUAAAACAUUUUUAUAAAAAA